AUGACAGCACUGGCACUCGCCGGAACGCAUCUACCUGUCACUGCUUCUGACACCAAGUCGUCCCAAAACAACCAAGUCGCGACUGAAGUCUCAUCUGCUUCCAACAACGCUGAUGUUGAUGUGACCUCCUCGAAUCACCGCCAACUCCUCCUCGGCCUGCUCACCCCUGUCGUCUCCACCGUGACCGGUAUUCUCCUCCCAACAACGGCACCACCGACCCCGGCUCCAACCCCAGCACCAACUCCUGCUCCAACCCCUGCACCCCCGAAACAAUUCAAAAAGGUGACAUCGCUGCACGCCCGUGUCCAGGGUGACAUGCCCCAAUGGAACUCCGAUAAGCAGCGCUUUGUGUCGAAGUACUACUCCACAUUCGACGAGAAGUACCGCGCCGUUCUCGACACUGUCAACAUGGCUGCGGUCGAAGGUGCUCUCAAGUACGUGCAGGCUGAAUGUAUCAACGCCUCUGUCGUGACCAGCUGCAAACGCAAAAAUAACAUCCAGUACAUCGUUUUCUACCAGACGACAGUCGUUCAACCCGCUGCUGCAAUGCAACACUAUGCCAAUGCCGCGGAUGAGCACAAUUACGCUGUCGAACGCUGUCCAUUCAUGCCCAUGGACGGUGGUCAAUGUAACCCGAAUGCUGAUGGUUCGUUCCCGGAUGUCUGUAACCAGUACACCGGAGAGAAUGGCCAACCCAAGUUAGGCUUCUGUGUGGGUGGAUCGCUGCAGGAUAACGCCGUGAUCGCUCCGUAUCCGAACAAUUACUGGUUCUCCUUCCCCAAUAGCUGUCCGCAAACUCGUUGGAGCAGCAAAUCGGACACUUGUCGUGCCCAAAAAUCGGGUGGAAUGUGUCCUCUUGGGGUGGAACCCGACGGUGAGACUUGUACGUUCUCGUACGAGGUGCUGGGUUACAUCGCGCUGGACGAUGUCGUAGGCAUCACGUCGAUGGUUAACCCUCAAACGAGCAAUUACUACGCUAACUACGCCGAGUUCUGUGAGGCUGGCGGUGUAGAGUUCAGCGUCACGGUGUCUAGUUAUGGGGUCACAUGGAACGAAGGCCUUGAUUUCUGGGCUAACCCAGGCGAUAGUACUGCCAAUGCUGAACGCGCAGAGAAGGUUGUAACUGCGUACAGUGACCUUGUCCAGAGGAACCCAGCAACAAGUGACGGUGGGGUGAUGAAGCCGUUGCCUUCGGUGGCUUCGCUUACUUCCAUUAAUCCACCAUGCUAUGAGAACAGUGAAGUUUGCGCUAAUGCAGAGUUCGGGUGCAAACGGUCGUUCCGCUCACAAAUCUGCAAGAUUUGUACGUCGAACGAGGCGGGCUGUGUCAAGCCGUACUAA